AUGUUAAGCGAAUUCGCCGUCGCUUUUAAAUGCGGACGGCCCGUCAAAAAUAGUGUAAUGGAAAAUAUUGGAAAGAUGAUCGAACAGCAGUCCCUGCGUGAACAAGCGGUCGAUUCCUCAAAUGGCACGGCGCACACGCAUGCGGUUAUAACAGGAGGAGGCAUGGAGACGCGGGUUGUGACGACGAUGAGGGUGCUGUCGCGUGCCGUGGUCGAGCGUCGUGUUGUUAAACAGGAAGAAGCUGAUGGCCCUCUCUCCGUUAUCGUGCAACCACAGGAGGAAUCCAGAGAGUCCGAACUGCUCAGUCCAAAAUUAUCACCCAGUUCGGUCAUGAUAGAUACCAAUGAAUACAGAAACCUAAAUCCUGAACCAACUUACCAAACUCUUACCACAGUGAAUGGCAGGAUGUCUCCCGCAGGUUAUAGUCCCAGCUCCUCCUAUGCUACACUUACCCCAUUGCAACCCUUGCCGCCAAUAUCGACGGUUUCAGAUAAAUUUGCUUAUGGCCAUGCAAGUAAUGUUACUGGAUCUUUUACAGUUAUGCAAAAUAACAGCAUUCAAGGUAUUGUUGGUUUGAAUGCAAGCACCCCGUACACAAUGAACAAUAUCGAAAUGACACCACCACAUAAUUACUCAUCGCCUAGCAUGGGUAUGCAACAACAAUCUAGUCCAAUUAGUCCGCAAAGUGCGUAUAGCCAAAAUGGUCUAUCUUCUCCUCAAAAAAGUAUGUCUCCUCAAGGUUACGAUUCUCCCUAUGGUGCGAGACAAAGUGAAAUGGUGAGUCGAACACUAAGUAGUCCCCAAUUAAGUCCUCCCGGUUCGGGGUCUUUAAAUUCCCCUGAAGGUACUCUAGUGACUAGUUUUACGAGACAGACUACUUUAAACGGACUUGGGCUUGAAAAUCAUCCGCCAACUUUAGUGCAAAUCGCGCCCCCGCAACGUGAUUGUUCACCAUCACCCCCUGUAGUAACGUUACAACAAACGUCAUCAGGGAUUCAACAUCAACAUGGUCAACAGCAACAAAAUCAACAAAUACAAAUUAAAAAUGGGAGUCCUGGAUCGCUUGGUGUUCCAUCAAUCCCAUCCGAUGUAGAAGAAAUUAAUACCAAAGAAUUAGCUCAAAGAAUAAGUGCAGAACUAAAAAGGUACAGCAUUCCGCAAGCAAUUUUUGCCCAACGUGUUUUGUGCAGAUCGCAAGGAACCCUUUCAGAUCUUUUACGAAAUCCAAAACCCUGGUCAAAAUUAAAAUCUGGCAGAGAAACUUUUAGGAGGAUGUGGAAAUGGCUUCAAGAACCAGAAUUUCAGAGAAUGUCUGCACUUCGGUUAGCAGGUUGCAAACGGAAAGAGGACCCUACGAGCAAUACGGAACAGAUGCCUACACCCAAGAAACCUCGCUUGGUAUUUACAGAUCUACAGAGGCGUACUCUUCAGGCUAUUUUUAAGGAAACCAAGAGGCCUUCUAAAGAGAUGCAAGUAACAAUUGCGAGGCAGUUGGGUUUAGAACCAACAACCGUCGGAAAUUUCUUCAUGAACGCGAGAAGGCGAUCUAUGGAUAAAUGGAAAGAUGAAGACCCGAAAUCAGCUGCAGCGAUGAUGCAUCAGAUGUCGCCAGGAAUGGAAGAUGAUUUAGAUCAGGACGAUGGAGACAUGGACAAUGACAUGGAUGAUCAUGAUGAUGUCUUGUGA